AUGGAGGCCUCAGGACCCAGGAAGGCAGAGGGUUUGCCGAAAUUGAGGGAUUUGCUGAGAAGACAGAGAGAGGAUUCUUUUUCUGAGAGUAUGUGUGAAACCCCAGACAUAGAAUAUACUUAUGAUGAUGCCGAUACCUAUCGUGCUGAAAUGGCAGAAUUAUACAGCUAUACAGAGGAAUGUGAAUUUGAGGAGACAAAGAAAGCAUUUGAACAUGGGUUUGCUCUGAAAGGACAUGACAAGUGGACGACAGCAUCUCCAGAGAUUCAGAGGAAACACAUAGUAUAUUUACAGAAUGAGUUAGAAAUGGCUGAUCGUGAUCGCCGAUUUAAUGCACUGAUGGCCUUACUCUACCUCUUACAAGGAGUACAUGGCGAAUGUGAUGCAGAGGACCAGCAUCGUGAUUGGGUGAUGACCAAUGUCCACAUGUUAUAUGAACAGGGUCUGUUCAUCUCAUUUGCUGAAGUCUUGUCAAUGGAAAUUGAGAAUACUGUUGCUGCAUCAAACGCUCUGCGUAAGCCAGCUGUCUCGGUGGCAGAUAGUAAAGAUUUAAGAAUGUUGUUAAAUGCUUUAUACACAAUGGUGGAGACCAUGCGACUCCCACCAGAAAACAUGUCAGAGGAACAGAGAAGGAAUCAAGAACUCUUCAAGGAAGACCUUGUGACACCAUGUGUUGGAGAUGAGAUAUUAGCGAUCACAUUGUUUGGAAUGGUGACCAAGUUCUGUAGUGGAAAUGCACCUCACUUUCCCAUGAAGAAAGCUUUGCUCCUGUUAUGGAAAGUUGCCUUGGUAUCAUUGGGUGGCCUUCGGGCGCUACAGGACAAGAAAAAUGCUGUACGUGUAGAGAAUGGCUUACCAGAACUCCCAGAGGACACGUACGAGGUGUGCAAAAACAUGCGAGCCUCCUCACCUCCAGCCUCCGCAACUGACCUCAUUGAACAACAAAUGCCAAGGCGAUACAGUGCAAGAGGAAAACGGAGCAGCCUCCCAGACGAACCUUUUGACAACGGUGCUGAGGAUGAGCUGGAUAUGAACAGGGGCAGUGAUGACGAGCUACCCCCUACACCUCCACGACCUGCAACUCCUAUACAGCCACAACAAAAGUCACUACCAUGGAAACCCAAAGUCAGGCAAAAAGAUCUGGAGUUAUUUUUAGACCAUACCAGGAUCAAGUUUGUAGGUUUCCAGGUCCAGAAAGAUCAGGCAUCACUAGCUGGUUUACCUCAGCCCAUCCACGAAGGCGUCAAAGUCCUCAAGCAGCAUUUGUAUAUAUCUCUGACUGAACUGCAGAUCAAAAGAGAAGAAGAGAUAGCAAAGAACCCACUGUCCCAGCCAGAGAAGGAUGUGCCCAACUCCCCAGUGGAGAUUUUGUUCCAGGCCAUGCUGCCAAAUCUUCCUCAGUACAUGAUUGCCUUGCUGAAGAUUCUUCUGGCAGCAGCCCCUACAUCCAAAACAAAAACCGACUCCAUCAAUAUUUUAUCAGAUGUUCUCCCAGAGGAAAUGCCGACCACCGUUCUACAGUCAAUGAAGCUGGGGAUUGAUGUGAACAGACAUAAAGAAGUGAUCGUUAAAUCCAUAUCUGGUCUUUUGUUGUUACUUCUGAAAAAUUUCAAACUGAAUCACAUCUAUCAGUUUGAAUUUCUCAGUCAGCACCUGGUCUUUGCCAACUGCAUACCACUGGUGCUUAAAUUCUUUAAUCAAAACAUCAUGUCUUACAUUGGAGCUAAGAACAGUAUUCCUGUACUGGACUUCCCACGUUGUGUUGUUGGCGACCCAGUAGAACUCACUGCAGAGGCUCUGGAAAAUGGUGAUGAUCAGCCAUUUUGUUGGAGAAACCUUUUUUCCUGCAUUAAUCUCUUAAGAAUACUCAACAAGCUGACAAAAUGGAAGCACUCCCGAACAAUGAUGCUAGUAGUGUUUAAAUCUGCUCCAAUCCUGAAGCGUGCCCUCAAGGUCAAACAUGCCAUGAUGCAACUGUACAUCUUAAAACUUCUCAAGAUGCAGACAAAAUAUCUAGGUCGACAAUGGAGGAAGAGCAACAUGAAAACAAUGUCAGCUAUCUACCAGAAAGUACGCCAUCGACUCAAUGAUGACUGGGCUUAUGGCAAUGAUAUGGAUGCACGUCCCUGGGAUUUCCAAGCGGAGGAGUGUGCAUUACGAGCAUGUGUCGACCGCUUUAACAAUCGGAGAUAUGGUGUAAACGGUACAGAUCCAGACUUUAAACCUUUGGACACCUGUUCCCUAAGUGUACUUGGAGAAUCAAUAGAACUAAGCCCAGAGUUCAAACAAAACUAUGAACGCUGGUUAGAGAUGGAGGUGUACUCCAACCAGAUUGACUGGGACCAGAUUUUAAUGCUAUGAAUGCCUCACUUAUUGUUGAGAAUGAAUACUGGGUAAGCUAUGUUAUUAUACAAAAACAUGUCCAAAAUAUUUAGAUUUUAAAAAUAUCUUGCACCAAACACUCAACAGAUAUUUGAUGUCUCUGUGAAAAACUAGAUAAAUUUUAAACUAAGGAUGUUCAUAUAGUUUUGGUGUGUCUUUCUUUAUAUAGCAUUUUCGUUCCUUUGAAUAAAUGAAAUUUUGAUUUAUUAAAAACAUGAAGGAUAGAUAAAUGAAAUUUUGAUUUUACAGAUGGUACCAUCACAUCAUAGAUAUAACACAUAUUAUGUUUUUAUUUCAAAAAAUGUGAUUUACAUUGGUAAUUUUCAUGAAAUCCUUUAUUUGUAACAUAGCUCACAGCUUACAUGAUGUUUGUUAGAGUGUAUGAUAUAGAUAUUGUAUUUAUGAUAUCAAAACGUGAGUAUUUAAACACAUUUUUAUCUAAACUAAAUACAGGAUAAGAUAACUGAUGUUUCAAACAACAGAUUCACCAAAAGUCUUUGUUCAUAAUAUUAAUUUGAAUGCUUAGCUCUCUUAAACAUUAAAACUGUUGAAUCAAAAACAGAAAGUAUUUUUUCAUGAAAAUAAACAAGAACGAUGUAAUUUGUAUGUAAAAUGUUUUGCUUGGAUAUCUUAUAAUGCACAUUUAUUGAUUUUUAGGAAGAGAUAUCCAUAUAUAUAUAAAAAAAAGGGUCAACAUUGACAUUGUAAUCUAUUCUGAUAAUAAUUUGAUAGUUUAUAGCAAGGGAAACAACAUUUUGGAUGCAAGAUUUCUAGCAAUCCAUUGUAUCAUUUCAUUGAAAAAAGAUCAAUUUAUUUCAUGCCAAGUUAUUCCAGUAUAAAUGCAAGAAUUAGAGGGAAUAUGUAAUGAAACAAAGAAGUCUUUGGUACAAAUGUAUUUUAAGGAUUAACUGACCAGGAUCUACAUCAGCACUGUCUAUGUGAUGUGACCAAGAAAAUUGAGGAUGUUGGAGAAGAGAAAGAGAGAGUGUGAGAGGAGAGAGAUAGUGAGGAGAGAGAGAAAACUUAGUAUGAGAGGGAGGGAUAUGAAGAUUGAUUUGACUUAACUUAAAUAUUACAUUCAUGCUUUUAAAAGAUCUUUGGGAGGAAUCAUGUUCAAAGGUCUUAAGAAUAUGCCAUGAAGAUAUAUAUUGUUUAUGUUUCUGAGGAAUCUCAUUCGUGAAAUCUUCUUAACCAGGUAUAAUGACGGCACAUAAUUCUAACACAUGAUUAAUGUCCUUGUAUGCCUGUCUGUUCUCCCAAUUGUUGUCUUGCUAAUUAAAAAGAAUGAUUUCUUUAGUAAUAUGGUCACUCUUCAACAUGUCAGAUUUAUUAAGACAAUGAGAUGAAUAGGAUAUUUGAAAUAACUGGAUAUGCCCUUGGUUUGGACAAAAGUCUUCACUGGAAACUCUUACUUAAUUUUUUUUGUAGAGUUAUUUCCCCUGAAGAACUUCUAUAUUGAAAUUUCAAGGAGAUCAAAUCAUAUUUAAAACUUGCUUUGUCAUUUGAAUUUGAUCAAACAAAAUUAUGAAUCUACAGUGUUGUGUACUUCCAAGUUGAAUGCUGAUUUUGUAAUUAUUCAUUGAAUUGAUUACAAUUGAUUUGGUGAAUCAUCCAGUACUAAUGAGUAGGUUAGUACACAAAUAAGUUGAUAGAAAAUGAAUAGUUUUGAAUGUGUAGUCUUUUCCUAUGAUACUGUGACAUUGUGCUUGUGAUUGCCUUGUAUUCUUGCUACAUAAAAGGAAUGAUGUAUAAGGUACAUGGCUUAUUUAUUAAAUUUUUAACAUAU